CGAGCGCCGGCUCGAGGGAGCGAGCGCGACCCUGGGCGCGGGUGUAAAUCAGUCACCUGAGCGCCGAGGGGCCGCGGCGAGGGCGCGCGCGGGCGGGCGGGGAGUGGCGCGGGCGGCGAGCGCGGCCCGGAGCGGCCGGGCGGGGGAGGGAGCAGGCCGAGCGAGCGGCGAGCUGAGGCAGCCGAGGGGCUGGUCCAGGCGCGGCCGCUAAGAGGAGACCAAGAGGCGGGGGCUGCACUUGACAACCAGCAUGCCGAGAUGGCACGUUUUGUGCCCUCCCCGCCUCCAAAUUGCCUCAGUUACAAAUCGGAGGGCAGGCUUGGUGAUCAAGACUGGCAAGCACAUUUUAAGGUCCCAUGCUGUGGGGUUGAUCCAUCUCAACUCGAGUCAGAAGAGGCAGAAGUGGAUGUGAGAGAAAGAGACACACAGAGAGACAGAGAGCCAAAGAGGGCAAGAGACCUGACUUUAAGAGACUCCUGUACUGACAACUCCAUGCAGUUCGGAACCAGAACGACUGCGGCUGAACCAGGGUUCAUGGGGACAUGGCAAAACGCUGAUACUAACCUCUUAUUCAGAAUGUCCCAACAGGUUCCACUGGCAUGUGCUGGCAGAGUGCUGGGUGCAGACUUUUGCCCAAACCUGGAGGAACCAGACCAGAGGCUGGAAGUCCAGGCCAUCCGCUGCACACUGGUGAACUGCACGUGUGAAUGUUUCCAGCCUGGGAAGAUUAACCUGCGGACGUGUGAUCAGUGUAAACAUGGCUGGGUGGCACAUGCCUUGGAUAAACUCAGCACACAGCACCUGUACCACCCCACUCAAGUGGAGAUCGUGCAGUCCAAUGUAGUGUUUGACAUCAGCAGCUUGAUGCUCUACGGGACGCAGGCAGUGCCUGUGCGGCUAAAGAUACUGCUAGACCGGCUCUUCAGUGUCCUGAAGCAAGAGGAAGUGCUGCACAUACUACAUGGCCUGGGCUGGACCCUGCGGGACUAUGUCCGAGGAUACAUCCUUCAGGAUGCUGCUGGCAAGGUACUGGACCGCUGGGCCAUCAUGUCUCGAGAAGAGGAGAUCAUCACCCUUCAGCAGUUUCUGCGGUUUGGGGAAACCAAAUCCAUUGUGGAGCUGAUGGCAAUUCAGGAGAAAGAAGGGCAAGCCGUGGCGGUACCAUCUUCAAAGACAGACUCAGACAUAAGGACUUUCAUCGAGAGCAAUAAUCGCACCAGGAGUCCUAGCCUCCUCGCUCACUUAGAGAACAGCAAUCCUUCUAGCAUUCAUCAUUUUGAAAACAUACCAAACAGCCUUGCAUUUCUGCUUCCAUUCCAGUAUAUAAACCCUGUCUCUGCCCCACUGUUAGGGUUGCCACCCAACGGGCUGCUUUUAGAGCAACCUGGACUGAGGCUGAGGGAACCGAGCAUUUCAACUCAGAAUGAAUAUAAUGAGAGCAGUGAAUCUGAAGUAUCGCCUACACCGUAUAAGAGUGAUCAGACGCCCAAUAGAAAUGCCCUGACUAGCAUCACUAAUGUGGAACCCAAAACCGAGCCAGCAUGUGUCUCCCCCAUUCAGAAUUCUGCCCCAGUCAGUGACCUAAGCAAAAAUGAACACCCCAAAAGCUCAUUCCGGAUUCACCGUAUGAGAAGGAUGGGCUCAGCCUCGAGGAAAGGAAGGGUAUUCUGUAAUGCUUGUGGGAAGACAUUCUAUGACAAAGGUACUCUCAAAAUUCACUAUAAUGCUGUUCACCUGAAGAUUAAACAUCGAUGUACCAUUGAAGGUUGCAACAUGGUCUUUAGUUCCCUUCGAAGCCGGAAUCGCCACAGUGCAAACCCCAACCCCCGCCUUCAUAUGCCUAUGCUAAGGAAUAACCGAGACAAAGAUUUAAUUCGGGCUACAUCAGGAGCUGCCACUCCAGUUAUAGCAAGUACAAAAUCAAAUCUCACACUCACAAGUCCUGGCCGGCCUCCGAUGGGAUUUACCACUCCUCCACUAGACCCCGUCUUACAGAACCCUCUCCCAAGCCAGCUGGUAUUUUCUGGGUUAAAGACUGUACAGCCCGUUCCGCCUUUUUAUAGAAGUUUACUUACUCCAGGGGAAAUGGUGAGUCCUCCCACCUCCCUCCCAACCAGUCCCAUCAUUCCAACCAGUGGCACCAUAGAACAGCACCUUCCCCCACCCUCUGAGCCAAUAGUGCCAGCAGUGAUGAUGGGCACUCAGGAGCCCAGUGCUGACCUGGCACCUAAGAAAAAACCUAGGAAGUCAAGCAUGCCUGUAAAAAUUGAGAAGGAAAUCAUUGAUACUGCUGAUGAGUUUGAUGAUGAAGAUGAUGAUCCUAAUGAUGGUGGGACUGUGGUCAAUGACAUGAGCCAUGACAAUCAUUGUCAUUCCCAAGAUGAGAUGAGCCCAGGCAUGUCUGUGAAGGACUUUUCUAAGCAUAACAGGACCCGGUGCAUUUCAAGAACUGAAAUCAGAAGGGCUGAUAGUAUGACAUCUGAGGACCAGGAGCCCGAGCGGGACUAUGAGAAUGAGUCCGAGUCUUCAGAGCCUAAACUCGGUGAGGAGUCCAUGGAAGGGGAUGAGCACAUUCACGGUGAGGUGAGCGAAAAAGUCCUGAUGAACAGUGAGAGGCCGGACGAGAACCACAGUGAGCCGUCUCACCAGGAUGUCAUCAAGGUAAAGGAAGAAUUUACAGACCCCACUUACGACAUGUUCUACAUGAGCCAGUAUGGACUAUACAACGGUGGGGGGGCCAGCAUGGCUGCCCUGCAUGAAAGUUUUACAUCGUCUCUGAAUUACGGAAGCCCUCAAAAGUUCUCCCCUGAAGGUGACCUGUGUUCUAGUCCAGACCCCAAAAUCUGUUAUGUGUGCAAGAAGAGCUUCAAAAGCUCCUACAGUGUGAAGCUUCAUUACAGGAACGUUCACUUAAAAGAGAUGCAUGUCUGCACAGUGGCUGGCUGCAACGCUGCCUUCCCCUCUCGUCGAAGCAGAGACAGAAACAGAAAUUUACGGAUGGAAAGAACCAUAGGUCCAGGACAUCGAGACAGCCUGCAUUGCCGUAGACACAGUGCCAACAUAAAUCUGCAUCGUAAACUGUUGACCAAAGAACUCGAUGACAUGGGCCUGGACUCAACGCAGCCCUCCCUUAGCAAGGACCUCCGGGAUGAAUUUUUGAUGAAGAUCUAUGGUGCCCAGCACCCUCUGGGGCUCGAUGUCAGGGAAGAUGCCUCCUCUCCCGCAGGGACAGAAGACUCCCACCUGAAUGGGUAUGGGAGAGGCAUGGCGGAGGACUACAUGGUCCUUGACCUGAGUACCACCUCCAGCCUCCAGUCCAGCAGCAGUAUCCAUUCCUCCAGAGAGUCCGAUGCAGGCAGUGACGAGGGGAUUCUUCUUGACGACAUCGAUGGUGCGAGUGACAGUGGGGAAUCCGCUCACAAAGCCGAGACCCCCACCCUCCCUGGCAGCCUCGGGGCUGAAGUUUCAGGAUCUCUUAUGUUCAGCAGUUUGUCUGGGAGCAAUGGUGGGAUCAUGUGCAACAUUUGCCACAAAAUGUACAGCAACAAGGGGACCCUGCGGGUCCACUACAAAACUGUGCAUUUGCGAGAGAUGCACAAGUGCAAAGUCCCCGGCUGUAACAUGAUGUUCUCCUCUGUGCGAAGCCGAAACAGGCACAGUCAGAACCCCAAUCUCCACAAGAACCUCCCCUUCACUUCAAUAGAUUAGUCCCAGAAUGGACACUCCACAUGCCAGCUCUCACCAGAUGGCCUACAUGUUUGAACUGCCAUAGCCAGUGUGUGCUUCCGUAGCGGGGCACAUAUGUGUGUGUACAUAUGUAUGCCUCUGUGUCUACACUGUGCACACACAUAUAUUCUUUUCUUUAGAUAAAAAUGAUAAAUACUAGGUGCUUUUGAAAUUUUUUUCUUUUUCCUUUAUAGGUUUGGGAGAGGGUGGAUCUUUUACUUGGGGUAAAAACAGAGUGCCCUUUUCAGCGCACGCACACACACACACACACACACACACACACACACACAAACACAACACACAAUUUUGAUAGAAUAAUUCUUGGUCUUCUCCAAAGAGACAUUUUGUUGUACCUAUGACUGUUGCCUGCAAAAAAUAAAUAAAUAAAUAAAUAAAUAAAAGGGAAAAAAGAGAAAAGAAACAAAAAGGAACUUCUUAUAGUUGUCUUUUGUGAACCUUAAGGUUUUGAGAGAAUCUUUAAUUAAAGCAUGGCAGAUUCACCUGUAAAUAUUUAGCCUUGAGAGGCCAAUGAUGUAAAGCAAUUGUAUUGAUGGUUGUUUAACCCUUCUUUAAUUUUGACAGUUACAUCCAGCUGUUAGAUACGCAGGAAAUAAAUAGUUUGCUGGCUAGUUCUAUUCAUUUUUGUUAGCAUUAAUGCACAUUUUCUUUAAAAAAAAACAAAAAAACAAAAAAUAAAACAUGGUCUUGUUUUUACUACCUGUUAGAUAUAGUGGUAAAGAUGUGCUGGCAUGCUUCACAGCACAGAUCUGAUUUUUUUAAAUGUCCUGUACUAGUAUGUAAAUCCAGUCAUGCACUUUGUUCAUACACUACAGGGGAUGUGUAAUACCCAUGCUUGCUUUUACCCGUAAAUUACCGCCAUACUUCAAUGAGUAUCUUUCUUUUUAAAACAACCCACUUGUAUAAAAAUGGUCUGGUCAGUAAAGGGCACAAAUGCCAAACAAAAAGUAUUCAUGUUAACACAAAACUGCCAACUUUGCACAAGUUUCCAGAAAAGAAAAUACAAUUAGUCACUCAACAUAAUCACAUGCCAACUCUUUGGCCACCAGAAAACCACUUAAAACACACACACACACACACACACACACACACACACACACACACACACGGUGAUUCUUUUGAGUGCCGAAUGCUAUUAGAAUCAACAUUGCAUCCUUCCUCUGUACACGCUAAAUCACAGAAAACAAAAUACCGCGGUGUAAAAGAGCCAAGGCAUUUCUUUUGUAGAGGCAGGAUAAUAUUUUGGGACACAGUAGCCCAGAUUACUCACUAAAGGAACGAAGCUGCAUACAGUAAAGGACUGAACACUCACUUCUAAGUCCCUAACCCUUGUCCUUUGAAAAGAAAGAAAGUCUAAGCUGGUUGGUCUGUUGUUUGUUUGUCGCAAAAUCUGUAGUAGUGCUGCAAGUCAGGCAUGCUUAAUAGACAAAAUCAAAGCCCCCCAGCAGUGCUUCGUGGAAACUCUGAAUGCACAUGCUGAACUUGAAUUGAGCAGCACUCUUCUCCAGGCAGCAGAAGGAGAGAGGAAGACAGGGUCUCCCUGCAUAGUGUUUUGUGUUUCCCCACACGAAUUUGUCAGAGCAAUGAAAGCAAGCCUGAAACCAAGCAAUUGAGAAUGAGAACAAGGAGGGGUGGAGAGGAGCCUGCUCCGAACCUUUUUGUUUUGUUUUGUUUCUGAUGUUUACACGUGUUGCCUGAGCUGGUUAACCACAUCGGCUGCCUCGGCUACCACAGCAUACUGACUAAAUGAGGAUAUUUACUCAACUUCAUAUGUAGCCAGAACUGCUGGGGUGUGCUUGUGGACUGGGUUUUUUUUUUUUUUUAUUGUCUUUUUUUCCUUUCGGGGUAGGGUAGAGUGGGGGGUAAACACUAGUAUUUUGUCAACCUACAUAAUAGAAAGAAUGUAUGUCUUUUCUUCAUUUCAUGGCCUCAAACAUUUCUCCCAUAAGUGUAAAACUAAGAAACACCCUUCAUUUCCAUUUUUUCAUAUCAUUUCUAUUUUUCAUGUUUUGUAAAAAUUUUUUCUGUGUUCGCAUCAGCAUUCACUUCCGUUACAUUUGCCAAAGGAAGGUGUCGUUAUGUUUCUGUUAUUAUUCCUGUGCGAUUUAUUGUACCUCACAGUAUUUAUUUGUUUUUUCCAAAAUUAAGGAUCAUUCAUUGGGGGGUUCCGGAGUUUUUUUAUUUUUCAGAAUUUCUGAGCAGUAGACUAUUAGAGAUAAGCGAAGUGUUCCUAAGGCUUUAUCUUUGUCUCCUGAAGCAGCCAUGGGCUCUGCUUGCUUCUUCAUUUAUUCCACCUGGAGGACAGGGCAGAAGAAACUUAUCACACACAGUGUCUAUUAAAUGCAAAAUGUUUACGGUAAAAGCUGAGGAAUUAGUAGUAACGGUUUCUGUUUCCUUGUCCCUUUGAUCGUCCCAAACCUUAGUUGCUUUGCUUUGUUAUCAUCUUAAACUGAACAAACAUGUGUCCCUUCGUUUUAUAACAUGUAAGACUCUGUACAGUAUGUUUGUGAAAGAUUGAACUAGAAUAAUGAACAUUUGUUUGCAACAUUCCAUCCUCUUAGCCAUUCUCUAUAUUGUGCUGUUGCCGGUUACCAAGUGCUGGAUUCAAAGAGGAUUGAAACACAUUGUUACAAUCUCAGCAGAAAUUAUGGAAACUGCUUUGGAGUGUGUGUAGACUAAACCACACCUUGUUUUCUGAACAUUAAUAAGCAUCUGUGUUGGAACAACUUUCAAGUGUUACAUUCUUAGAGAUGUGCGAAUUCAUCUCUACAAAACUCAGUAGUUAGUCUGUUUGAGUGGACGCCAAGUAAACGGUGGUCCCGAGUGAGUCACCUAGCUGUCAGGAGGUCACAUCAGCCUUCAAACCAGGCUCAGGAGAAGCAUUUGUCACUUGCCACACACCUGGCUAAUGUCUGGCCAGGUCAAAAAGGUACAAGAGUGAUAAGAUUGAAGAUGAUGUUCUUGCUAGGAAACAUGAGUGUGUGCCUGUUUGACAGAAAUGGAGCUAGAAACCAGGCAACUGGCACUUUCUAAGUGUACCCUUAUUAGCCACUACUUUUGUUUCUCACAUUCCCAAUUGUUUGGGUGGCCUUUUCACAACCAUGUGUUCCAGUAUAAAUCCCAUUUGCUUAAAAGGAAUGGGGAGGUAGAUGGAUGUAGGUGAUGAGAUAUUAAACCAUGAGAUGUACAGUUGUGCUCCCAAAGUAUGGCUUGUUCUUGGGUGUGCCUGAGUGGCAAGUGUGUUCACUAAACUGGUGUUUCUCCAGGGUUUCCAUGCAGAGGAUGGUAUGGAGAGACCAGGCAAGCUCUUCAUCUCUGCCCAUUCCAACCCGUUUAUUUGUUCAUAAAAGUUCCCUGUCACUAGACAGUUUCUAGCUACAUCCAUCUUUUUCUAGCUGACAAUUAAUAUGAACAUAAGUCUUCAUCCAAAUAGCUUUCUCCCAUUUGAUUGGUUUUUGCUUUCAAGUUUGCUCAUGAGUACAGAAUUAGGCGAUAUUAGUUAUGCAUGUUCUCCAGCUGAUGUUGAAGUAUACUGUUUUGGUCACUUUAAACUAUGGUUUUGUAAAUAUUAGAAAGGUUGUGUCCACUUUGGGGAAUAUCUGCAUGUUGUGGAGUGGAAGGAAGACAGCAAGGAAAGAGAUAGAUAAUAAGUAAUCUGGCUUUGGAAACAUGGGGAAAGAGCCCGACACCCUUCCGCUAGUAAUUGUAUUGAAAUAAACCAGCUCCAUGGAGCUCGUCCCCAGUCUUAGUUCAACUGCCCUGGUCGUUCUGAUCCUUCUUAAGGUUUAAACAUAUAAGCAUUUUCCUUCUGAACAUGGCUAGCUUCUUUCUAGAAAUCAGUGUCACUGACCCAGUGGUGUGACUUCAUUAGUCAUGACUUUCCAGUAAGAGGAGGGAGAGAGACAUCUAACCAGUUAUAGUCAGUUAGUGUACACUUUGUUUGGAAAGAGAGGGUCUGACUCUAUGAAGAAUGGUAAGAAGCAUACCCUCCAUUGGACUCGGGAGAAAUCAUACAUGCCACAUAAUAAAAUGGCGUCUUUCUCCUCUCUGUGUUCUCCAUAGAUAUAUGCCAAGCACAUAGAUGAGAACGAGGGAGGACCCUCGGCAGUUCAAACACAGACAAGCCAAUAAUCAGACUGAGAUGGGCACAGCAUACCUGAGCGACCCUUGAUCACAUCUAGUAUGCAGGCAUUGUGUUAGGUUGAAUGACAGUAAAUAGAAUCCACCUGCCCUAAGAUGUCUAGCAUCUAUUGUAAAGGAACAAGAUGCCCAGGAGAGAGACAGGCUCCCAUCUGUGACCACACCCUGCUCUUCAGAGCUUUUCAAAAUUAUAACAAAUUUAAUUUGCCUUUCUCCAAACUAGAAAUAUUUAAAUUAGUGGAUUUUUCUCUUUUUCUCCCAGUCUUUGUUUUUAGCAGGAGGGAUCUAACUGAGUAAAGAGAGCAAGAUAAGGCAAAACAAACAAAACACUGGAGAGGCUGCAGUUCUUGUAGAACAGAUAGAACUGGCUCUGGUCCUGGCUUGAGUGUAGCUGAAAACAGCCAAUGCAUUACAAGUGUUUGUUCAGGAGAAAAAUCUAAGUCAGCUCUGCCUUGUAGUGGGCGCCAACACAUCCUCUGAUAUCCUGCAGAGUUCCCUGUGACCAGGUGAGUCACUGCAUACACCGUGGGAGGACUUAAUAUCUUAAGAAGUUCCUAAUGGGUCAGGAUUGGCAAAAUGGGCAGAUGUGAGGUUUUUUAUUGUUAUUAUGAUUAUUAUUGUUAUUGAGAACGAAGUAAUAGCCAGGGUUCCCUUGGGACCACAAAGACAGAGAAGUCACCUAGGUUAAAAGGCCAGUAAGCAAACCCACACUUGAGUGGCAAUGAGAGAUGAAGUUGCAAGUGCUCUUUAUCCAGGUGCUGUAGCAUCCUAGAAAGUUGUGAUCACAAAACCGUGUGACUGAUGACCUUGUGAUCAACAUGGAAGUUGAGGCACAGAGGUAACUAGUUUCAUAUUUCCCUCAGAAUUUUAACAUUCUUAUUCCUGACCUUGUUAAAAUAUAGCUGAUAUGUCCCAGGCUCAUGUCCACCGUUCCUGUCCUCGGAGAGGGAUCACUGUAGCUCCCACUUUUACAGCGGGCCAGGAGGUCGGUCCUUUUCAAUGCUCCUGCCCACACAUUCAGUCUCCCUCCUCCUGGUCACUUAUCCUUCCUUGGUCGUCCCACAAUUUACACAAAAUUAUUCUUACAGCCCUUCUGCAAUAAUUGGCUGACAGAUAGUAUCUUUGGGGGGGGGCUGUUUUUUAAAAUCCCAAAUGCCUAAUAACAGGACUUAAAGAGUUGGGCAUUUUUACAAGUACACCAGACUGAAUGCUAUUGUUCAUUAUAUAUAUAAUAUAUAUUCUAUGUUAUAUAUAUGUUAUAUAUGUAAUAUAUAUAAAGCUUAUGAAGCAGCACACUACAGUUAUCAUAAGACUGUCUUUAUUCUUCUCCAAAGUGUUCUUGUAAAUUCACUUGACCUUUAUUGCAGGGAAAAAAAUUAUACAGGGUUGAGGACGAGGCUCAGAUUGUAACAAAUAGCGGACCAUUACAGAGGAAAGGCGAAAGCCAGGGCUGAGCAGCAAGAAGCUUUGGUUCAAUUUCACCUCAUAUCUUUCUAAUAACGUACUUGUCACUUUAUUACCUUCCAGUAAUGUGAACACUGCUGACAAGACUGUCACACUAACAGCAGACAACACCCUCUCUGCUUCAGCCCCAGUUCUCUUGGCUACUUAUUGCCCUGGCCCUGAAGGGACACAAACUAAUAGUGUGCUUUCCAGUUCAGCACUUGGCCAUCAACUAUAAAAGGAUGCGUAAUUGCCUGUUUAUCCCUGGUGAAGGGGAAAUUGAGUAGAGGGCCAGGCUUUCCCACCAGUUGCCUGCUGUACACCAUCAUUCACAAUCAGCCUGCCUCCUCCAUCUCUCCUGCCUCUUCCUGUCAUCCUCUCUCUCCCCCACCUCCCUGUCUCUUUCCUCCAAGCACGUAUGCACAACUACUGUGUGUUUAGGAAGCUGGAGGCUGCUUCCAUGCACUCUCCCCAGCUAUUAAGUGGACAGAUGACUUCUUACAUAAGGGUCAGUAGAAAGUGACUGACUGUUCUCUGUUACUUUGAAGUAGUAAUUCAAUCCCAUGCCCAUCCAUUUGGGAAGUGUUGAGUGUGGUCAUGCAAUUGGAGAAAAUUUCCCUGCACAAAUAAGAGGAGGUUGCCCAUAUUCUGUAAGGAAAGGAUUAAAAUACUUUCCUUCCUGGUCAAGAAGUGUGUGUGUGUGUAUGUGUGUUGUAAACAAACUGCUUAUGAAUGGUGGCUAAAAAACACUGGGGAAACUUAAAUCUUUGGCAUGAAACCAUUUGCUAAAUGUACACAUGUAUCUUUCAAUAACGGACUCCAAAUCCAUAUUUACAAAGAUGGAUGAACCUUUGUUUGCCAAACAGAGCUGACAAUCAGAGUAAAAUAAGGCUCUAUUCUUUGAACUGUAGCCAUUAAAACAGUGAAGAUCUUAGAUUUGAAAGACAAAAAUCUCCAUUUUAAGAAUUUGGGAGAGAUACAAGGAUAGUGUGAGAUUUACAAAAUCAAGAGAGCAGAGACUUGAAGGAAGGAUGGUGAAAAUGUUACGUCCCAGAAUACCUGGACUCAGAUAAUGUGUUGUGUUGGCUAUUUCUAAGUUCAGGAAGACUUAGAAGAUGGUCAAUAGUGGCUAGUUUGGGUAAAAUGAAAUGAGGGCUGUAUUUGCGCACCUUCUGCAUGGCUGAGAGAGUUGGAAGUUCCUCCUAACUCCUAUGGCAGACACUGCUAUAAGCAGUCACAUUCCAAGUAAGGUUUUAGUCAACUGAGAGUGACACAUGGAGGUGUGUCUUUGUUGUAGAUUUGCAAGGAAAGGAAGAUAGUUUGGGGACAAGUAACAUCGGGUUGAUGUUGACAACACUGUGCUAAGUCACUUCGUGAACCAGUCUGAGGACUGAAGAGAAAAGCACUUUGAAAAAGGACUUCGGGUCUGAGUAAAGACAGUGUGUUGACUUUUGUUUUUAGUUUCCCUCAUGUGUAUUUAUAAUAAGCAGUUACCAAACAUCUUAAUAAAGUUGUAAUUAAAAACUCAGUUGCCAAAAUUGCACAAAUUCUGCAAGCUAAUACUAGCUUUGUCCCCUGAACUCUGAGUAAUGGGGAUACAUAGGACAUUUUAUAGUCAUAAUGCUUUCUUUAGCUAAAAAUUGUUGAAGGGAAGGAAGAACAGAAAAUGGUAUUUUAACAGAAACGGAGAGAAGUAGAUAGUAUAAAAGUAUAUUUCUUCAAGAUAGAGAGAAUCUAAGUGUUAUACCAAGAUUUUAUAAGGCUUCCUGUUGCCAAAUGUGAUGCUGACUAAUAUGACACGUCUAAUACGGCAAAGGCAUCAAUUAUUAACCGGCUCUGCCCACUUCUGUUGUGGUAUUCAAGGGUAGAGAGGAUGCUUUGAGGAGACCCCUGUGUGGGAGAGAGCUCUAGUCUGCUGGCUCUGGGAAGGUUUUCAAGAAGGUGAAAACUGCAGGCCUGUCUUGUUCUCCCACCUGCCCUGCACGGUGAACUGACCAGGCACUGUCUUUGUGGCACUAACUUUCCUGCCUCUUCUUUGCUAGGAGAUGAAGCAUCCCCCUACCCAUUCCUGAAUCAGCACAGUGGCUUCUGUAAGCCCUGAUUCACAAGGCACGAUGCUCCUGAACUCCUGGCCAAUGGGCUGAGUUAAUAGGUUCACGAGAUGUAUAAAACCAAGACUAACUGUUUAUUCUUUUAAAUUCAUACUGUGCUUGGAGCAUUUUUGCAUGUCUUUGUACAGAGUCCUUCAUUCUUCUCAUUGCCUGUCUUGAUCUCCUCUGUGUCUCUCCUACCCUCACUCUUGCUCUUUACCCACUCCCCUCCCAAAAGAAAAAACAAACAAACAAAAAAAAACAAAUAAAUCUUUUCUAGGGCAAGUGGGUAGAACACUCCCUCCCUUGGCCUGGUUUUGAUCACUCUCGAUAUGUGUGUGUUCUACCCUGCCCAGGUUUACAUAACAUGAGUUAAGCAAAUGAGAUGUUCUAGUAGUAUGUAUUAACAAGAUAGGACUAGGAUUCUUUGUAUACAGUACACUCACUUUCCUGUGCAAACUUUGGUUCUCCUGUCUCAAGAGAAAACUUCCCUCAUCCCACCAGUUUCAAGAGCUGUGGAAGAGCUCAGUGUGGGUCGUGGGACAAGGAAGAUAGAGAAACUGGGCAAGACGUGGGUCUUUGGGUUGUGGUGAGGUCCCUCACUUGGCUAAGAGAAUAUGGAAUCCCCCCGCCCCCCACUCCUGCCCAAACCUUCUAUUUCAUCUCUAAGAACAAAAGCAUUAGAUUCAGCUUUUAUAUUCCAUAUGGAAUGGAUGUGGAUAUAUACUUUAUCCAUGGAUGAAGGAAAUUGAAAUAUCUUGAGGAAAAGGAACUGUUAACCAGAUUAUGUCUCGUUCUAACUUAGACUUUAGAGGUUUGGUCCUCUUUGUUUCUGUUCUCAUUUGCAUAAGGUCUCUUCUACCCAGCCUGUGGUAGGACCAAAAUCCGUAUCAGGAAAGGCAACUGCACCAAGAGAUGGGACAGCUUGCAUCCCCGACCUAAUAAUUGGUGACGUCGGUAGCUUCAUGAAUACUGUAUGUAUUUUAAUCGAGGGUUUUGUUUUUGUUUAACUUUGUGGUUUGUUUCUAUUAGUAGUCUAAGGUAAUUGAAAUUGUUUAUUUACUAUUUCCUUCGUUGUAUUUUCUGUACUAUAACUGUCUACAGUAUGUCUUUUGCAUAAAAUGCAUAAGGGUUUGGGGAUGUAAAUGGAAUUUUAUUCAUAUUUUGUCCAAAUACCUCUUGUAAUUUGUAUCAAAAUUCUUGUACAAUUUUUAUAUUAAAGAUUUAUCAGUCACUGAAA